CUGCCCGCAGCUCUGCCCGGCGAGCGGGAGGCACCGGCAGCGCGGAGGCGACGCAGCCGCAUCCAAAAUGCUUCUAGGUCCCUCCGGACACAGCAGCCCCCUCUUAGCAUCAUUGCCCAUCCCUGGACGGCCCCUUCACCCCCCCUUGGACAUCAAGCACUUUCUGACCUUCAGGCUCAACGGGACAUCACCGCUCAACCUGUUCCCCAACUUCAACACGAUGGACCCGGUGCAGAAGGCAGUGAUCAGCCACACCUUUGGAGUGCCGGCCCCACUCAAGAAGAAGCAGUUCAUAUCCUGCAACAUCUGCCACCUACGCUUCAACUCUGCGAACCAGGCAGAAGCCCACUACAAAGGGCACAAGCACGCGCGGAGGCUGAAGGCCAUCGAGGCCAUGAAGAACAAGCAGAAGGUGGUGGGGGCUGCAGCGGGGACCCCCGGCCAGGACAGUGCAGCCGACCUGUCCCCCAUCCCUGAGGGCAGUGGGGAGCCCGGCAGCACAGCUGACGCCAGCAGCCCGCAGGAGCCAGAGGGUGAGGGCAGCAGCCUGGGGCUGGCGCCCAGCACUGAGGAAUCACCCACGGAUCUGCAGGGCAGCAUCGCCCCUCUGGGCUCCCCACCGGCCUCUGAGCUCUCGGAGGGCACCUCUGAUGCCACCAGCGUGGCCUCCUCGUCCGCCCAGGCAGCCGAGGCACAGGCUGCUGAGUCGGGCAGCAGCGUCAGCUCAGCCCCUGAGAGCGAGAAGGAGGGGAAGAAGAGCAAACAGCACCUGUACUGUCCCACCUGCAAAGUGACUGUCAACUCCCUGUCCCAGCUGGAGGCUCACAACACCGGCGCCAAGCACAAGUCAAUGCUGGAAGGUCACGGCACCCAGCUGCGGCGAGGCCGGGGCAAGCUGCUCUCCCGGGCAGGGCACAAGUCCAAGCGGAUCGGGAACAAGGGCAGCAUCAACAUCCAGAACAAGGCGUUUCACUGCCAAGUGUGCGAGAUCUACGUGAACUCGGAGACUCAGCUCAAGCAGCACAUGAGCAGCCGGCGACACAAAGACAGGCUGGCGGGGAAGCCGCCCAAGCCUAAGUACAGCCCCUACAACAAGCUGCAGAAGAACGCUGCCCUCGCAGUGAGUAUUCUCAAGUCCAAGCUGGCUUUGCAGAAGCACCUCACCAAAACCCUGGCGACCCGCUUCCUGCCGAGCCCGCUCACCGCCGCUGCCGUCUGCGCCAUGCCCGGCCCCCUCGCCCUGCGACCGGCCACUGCCACCACCCUCUUCCAAGCCCCGAUCCUCGGACCAGCCCUUUUCCGAACGCCGCCGGCCCACGUCCGCACCACGCCGGGCCCCAUCGUCUUCGCACCCUACUAGAGCUGCUGGCCCGCCGAGGGUCCUGUGCUGCGGGGGCUGCGCGGGGCAGGGCAGCGCUCCCACUACCUGCUCUCCUGGCUGGUGGGAAACCGUAGUCAUAGACAUCAAACCCAGAUUCUCCUUUGCUUGGAGCGGGCUCCUGCUGGAGCGAGGUGCCCCGGCAGAGCCUGGCCAGCCCUGCCACGCAUCCCCACCGCUCCCCCGGCCUGCGCCGGCCCCGCUUGGCAGAGCAGCCCGUCACGGCUGGGCAGUGCACAGGAGAGGACGGUGCCUGAGUCAGCAGGACCGUCUCAUGGCCAUGGCCUGCCUGUCCUUGGCCUGCUGGCUGCUUCUUCAUCACCCUCUCAGUUACCAGACUGGAAGGAGAGGAGCUGGCUGGUCCCUGGAAGAAGGAGUAUCCUUCUGGUCCCUGCCAGCCCAAUGGGAAGGGAACUGUGAGGGAAGUCUCAGCCCAGCUCUUACUGGGAGAGUAGGAGCACAGGUGGGAAGCUGGCAGUUCCCCUCUCAGCCUCGGCUGGCUGUGCCCUCACCAGCCCCACACUUGCCUGUGCUGGCUGGAGGUUUCUGUGCCACCCACCAGCCCCUCAGUUCCCACAUCUCCCUACAUCCCACCAGCCAAAGAGCCCCAGCGGCAGCAGGCACCAGCCACACUGACCAUAUCCUCACUCCAAGAGCAAUAGCUGACCCCAGGGCCAGUGCCUCCCCCCUCCAAAGCACACGGGCCCUGCCCUGGCCCCAGAAGCACACAACGGGCAUAUGGCUGAGCCAGGCUCCCUCCCGCCCAGCGAGGCUGGGAGCGCCAGGCUGCCCGGUGCUGGGUCUCCGAGGAGGUGACCCUGUGCUUGGCACCUCUCCUUGCCUCUGUCCCACCACGAGGACAGCCCUGCCCCUACCUCCCGGGAGAUGCUGUGAGGCUGAGUGAAUGUCCCUAAAGCACUUUCGGUUCUCCAGUGAAAGGCAACGCUGCUGCUCACCCGCCGUGCCCGGCCCUCCAACCCCAUACCCAUUAGGAGCUUCCAGGGAGUUACUGAUGAUUCCCAAAAACAAAGGUGUCCCCAGCAGCCCGGACAAUCAGGUACAAAGGAGCAGGUGGCACCUGUAGCCUGCAGAACGCUGGGCUCCAGAGGGACCCCGAGGCUGUAGCUCUGCAUUUCACUGUGCUCAGACAGCCCAGCCGUGACCUGGUCUGGGACUGUGCCCGCGGCACUCCGGGUGCCCAGUGCGCUGCUGUACAUGGAGACACGCAGGAGAGCUGCAUCCCGAGCGGACCUUUCGCUGGAGGAACACCCCACCCCGAUCUAUGCAAUCCAGGGGGGCAGCUCGCCCGCCGCGUUAGCCACCUGCGUUUCCCUUUGGUGCUGAUGUGUCCGUACAGUCGGGAGCAGCGGUGGGAGCAGAAGAACCGAUGUAACACUGAGCUCUGUCCCGUCCUCAGCCCAAGAUGCUGGCUCAGACCUCUGCCGUGGCCCACGUUCCCUCCCAGCCCUCGGGAAGAGGCAGGUUGGUGUGUGCACCUGGGAAUCCACACGCACAAGCACACAUAUCCGACGUCUUGGCCAUAGGCAGCACCUGGAUUUGAGGAGGAUUUUGCCCAGCGUGCUCUGCUGAUGCUCAGGGGGGUCCUGGCAUGGGGAGCUGAACAGGAACCGGCCAAUGAGCCACUCUGGUGGCUGAAACACUUCUGCUUCCCAGGGCUGGAGCCUCAGCGAGGGCAAGGAAAGCUGCCCAGAGGGAGCAGGGCACAGGGAGCUGCACACCCUGCAGGGCCUGUGGGCAGCACUGACCGUGGAGCCACCACUGUGCUGCCCCAGAGACAGGAGAGUGAUGGAGCCCCUGGGAACGGAUUCACCUGCCCAGGGCAUCUCUGCCUCAGGGAAGGAGAAGAGUGGAGACAGGACACUGGGAGAAGAGUAAGUGGCCGUGAGUAGAGACAAUGGAAAGGUCUUGCAGUGGUGAUGGGAGACAUGGCUCGGAGCACAGCUGAGGGAAGGGAGGCUCUGCCAGGGACAGGGAGAUGGUCCCACAGCCCAGGGCACACGUGGGGAUCCUGAGUCCCAGGGGACAGGAGCCUGCGCUGGUGGGGCCCCCAGCGGCAGGAGGGACGUGACCCCGGUCCCCUGUGCCACAGUGCCAACCAGCCCAUGGCCAGCACGGCUCCAACCACCCCUGCCCAGCUCACUGUGCCCUUCCCAGGCCCUCAGGGUCACCCCCAGCCCAGCGGUGGCAGAAGAACAGGUCCUGUCCUGCUCCGUGUCCCUCCUGGGCCGUGCCCAGCGCCUCAGGAGCACGGGGACCCAGGAGCAGCCAGGCUCCAGCCUCCAGAGCCCCGUGGCACCGCUGGGCCUGUUCCCCUCCAGUUUGUUCCAAAAAGCCUGUGCUGGAGCUGCGGCUGCUCCGUCACCCCUCACCAGUGGAGUCCUGAGACACUCCUGUACUUGGCACUUUAACCCUGAGAAAGCCAUUCCUUCUAGUAACAAUAAUACUGCAAUGAGCUGCGUAAGAACCCCCCAUUACAGCAUCCCCCCUGCCAAAUCCCCCUCCUGCUCUCCAAAGCAUUUACUGCCUUUGACUUAGCACAUGCUGUACUAGGAGUAGGGAUAGUCCAUAGCGCUCAGUAACAUGUGCCCCUCUGUAAAUAACCUUGGAGUGAUGUGAAGUUUGAUUUAAAAAAAAAAAACCAACAACAAAAAAAAAACAAACCCCAAAUGGAAUCUCCAGACUCUAGGGACUUGGCCAGUACCCUCCUGUAAUGUUCAUUGUAUAUUUUUUUGAUGUACUAUAACUGUUGGGAAAAAAAAAAAA